GAGGGGAAGGAUGAGCGAGGAGGCCCGCCCUGCUAGGUGUCCCCGGCUGCGAAGAUGGCGCUGAACAGGAACCACUCGGAGGGCGGCGGGAUUAUCCUGCCCCACGGGGAAUGUAUUAUCAAGCAGUGUAAAGAUGUGGAGCUGACCUUCUCUGAUGUGACCAGCAAACAGGAUAUCUUCAAAGGCACCAAGAAAGGAAUGGUGUUUCUUACCCCCUACAGGGUCAUCUUUUUGUCUAAGGGCAAGGACCCAAUGAUGUCCUUCCAGAUGCCAUUCACCUUGAUGAAAGGAUGCUCUGUUGAACAGCCAGUAUUUUCUGCUAAUUAUAUCAAAGGAGUGGUGCAGGCAGAACCAGGAGGUGGCUGGGAAGGGCAGGCUUCAUUUAAGAUGAGCUUUUGCAGUGGAGGCGCCAUAGAAUUUGGGCAAAUGAUGUUCAGACAGGCCAGUGAUGCUUCCAGAGGGGUACCUUUCCAGAGUUUUGGCUAUGGGUUUGCAUAUAUUUCUGGAGGUUACAUACCAGCACCAGGACCUUACGUUCCUCCACCACCUGCUGCUGGACCGUACCCUUAUAUACACCCACAGAUGAAUGGAUAUGGACCUGCUCCACAACCUAUGGGAUAUCCGUAUGCGCCUCCUCCAGGCAUGUACCCGCCACCUGGUGGGAUGUAUAUGGCACCACCACCUCCAUAUCCUGGCCCUUCUGCUGCAGGCCCUUCAGCUCCAAAUCAUGCAGGACCUUCAGCUCCUUCAGCCCCUAUAUCCUGGGUAGAGCCUGGAAUGCCAGGUGGCAACAAAGCAACACCGACAACUUCUAGUGCAUAUUACAACCCUGCCAAUCCCCAUAAUGUCUAUAUGCCUAUGGAUCAGCCACCUCCUUAUUCACCACCUGAUGAGAAAAAAAACAACUAGCAGGAGUCUAGCAGCAGUCCUCCCUCAUUUUUUUCGCCCUUGAAGAUGUCACUGCAACCAUUUCUGGCUCUCUGUUUCUAGAUCAUUCAGUGUCAAUAACAUACAUAAUGUUUGGGUGGUUUAACGUAACAGCUCUUAAACCCUUGUGGUAAUAACAAAACAAGUAGUGACAGUAAUAUUUUGAUUGUUUGCAUCUUCUCCUGGAGCCAGGUUAGAAAUGCUGUGAUUGUUUUAGCCUUUUAGUUUGGAAGGAGAGGCGAGUUAGCCACCCACACUGCAAAGGAAGCCGUAUCACAUAUGUAGGAAUGAAAUAUUGGAUCUCUUUGCAUCAAGCAAAGCGUUUUGAGAAUGAUGCACAAGUAUGAGUGUAAAAGUAUUAUGCCCUUUGCCACCAUCAUGGUAUGUUACAAUUUUAACUCUGUGCAGUUUAAUGCAUGAGAGGGAAUUCUGUAAAUAUGUUGGAGCCUUGUAUCUUCUUACUGGGUAAGUGGCAUUGUAGACUUUGGGGAAAGUCUGCCAUGAUAUUUAGAAAAUGGCCUGCAAUGGGGAUGAGAAAGACCAGAAGACUAACUAGUAACUAUUACUCUAUCUCCAGCUGUGUGUGUGAAAAAACAUACACAGCAAAGGUCUUCUGUACACUUUGGAUUCUCAUAUCCCAUUGUAUAAAAAGUAUAAAUAUUAAGAUGUACAGAUUUCAUACUCUAGAUUUUUCUUACCUUUAUGGCUAUGGAUCCGAAGGGUAUUCUGUCUGAUGCAGAAGGUGAUGUAGUAAUAAAUCUCAAAUUCAAAUGAGGUCACGUUCUAGCAAAUACAAGAUCUAUUUAUAUCAAUUGGAAGCAAAGUGGGAGCUUUGUGAAACUAGUAGCCUUAUGAACAAAACAAAAUGCAAUUAAGGAUGUAGAAUAAUCUCUGGCAUCCUGCACGUGAAAUCUAUGCAGAGAGUCUUCUGGAAAUCAGACCCAUCCAUGCUCAGCAUUCCUUUGCACCCAGUAGCAGCCUGUACCACAGAGAUAGACGUAUUUAGCAGGAAGAUAUCUUGUCAGAGAUGACUACUGAAGCCAUUUCUCUGGUUUAGCCUUUCUGUGGGCUGAACCAGGCAUGAAUGUAGCUAGAAGCAUUAUUAUUGGGGCUGGGUGGGGUGGGGGACAGCUAGUAUGAAACUUCCCAGUACACACCAUGCAACAUAGCUGUGUGAAUAUGGGACGUUUGCAUUGGACAAUAUUGGGGGGGGGGAAAUCACCUCUGAGUGAGGAAGGCAAAAACUGUUGUUAUUUAGCCUGCACUGCUUUUUGGAAAUCUUUGUUAGAAUGCCAUUCCUAAAAAUCUAUUGCUGAGAGGAGUCUGGUGUAGUUACAACCUGACUUCUUCAGUUCUAAAGAGAACCGUUGCUCCUUUUGAUGGAAGUGGAGGGUACUGGGGUACUUUCCUUGAGCAGACUAGGGCUGUAUAUUUUUUAAGAAGAGCUCAAGAGAGACUCUGGUAUCAGUUUUCCCGUAGAGCAGCUGAGCACAAUAUUCAAUAUAACAGACACAAAAGGAACUUUUUUCUAAUAAAAUCUUUUAAUCAGUGUCCAAGAAGCUUACAACUUUCCACAAUAUAAUAUUUAGCUCCGUUUGUAAUAUUUUUGGAUUGCACUUUAAUACAGAAGUAUUGAAAUAUU